AGGAACUAUACCCAAAAUGAACAUUCUUUGUUGUGUGCCUAAGUGUGUUAACAAUGCAAUAGUUCAUAGAUUUCCUAGUGAUAUUGAGUUGUUCAACAUAUGGAUCAAAUCAGUGAAUAGUACUGACAUAACAUUUGAAAGGAGGGAUAUGUUUCGAGUAUGUGAUUCACAUUUCAGUGAAGAAAUGAAAUUUCAAAGCUAUGAAAAUGAAAUAUUUUUGAAGAAAGGCGCUUAUCCUGACACUAUCCUACAGACUGAAGACAAAAAAAUGGAAGAAGAUUCAGUUCCUGUAACCACAGUGGAGAAAAGUAGUGGGUUGCUGAAUCCUAAUGGCUUAUUAUUAUUGAAUAAUAAUUUAAUGUGCUCAUUGGGACCAGGUUUAGCAGAGAAGAAUCCAGUUGUAGACCUUGCUCAACCCAGUACUAGUCGAGACAAGACUACCAAUUCCAAAGUGGACGGUAAUCAGAAAGCAGGUGACAAAAAAAAUAAUGAAGAGGUUCUCAGGAAACUGGGUGUUAUAAUAAGCGGCCAGUUACAAACUACAAGAGGACAGCUGAAGAAAGCAAAACGAGUCUUCGAUCUGAAAUGUGAACUGUAUAAAGAAAAACUGAACUUUGUUAAACUAAAAAAAGAGAAGUUUCUUGUGGAACACAUUUUGAAGAUAAAAUUGUUGAAAAAGCAACUAGCGGUUGAAGAAAGACGAUUGCAAAGAAAUUGUGUAAGGUGUAGACGUUUACGACAGUAAUUUGUUAUAUUAUCUUAAUUUUUUUUGGUUUAUGAUCUUUGUUGGCAUUUAUAUUUUCUUGACAUCAUUUCAUAUUUGCUAAUUGUUCUUUUCUUAUUAUUUGAUUCACGCUGAUUAGUGAUUACUACAUGAAAGGUAAUCAUUUUCUCUGGAUUUAUUUUUCAUAUUUCAUAAAAAUAUAACUACUUAAUAUGU